GAUAACAGUGUUUGCUAACUGUGAAGCCUCUCAUCCACGCUCUAUUCUUGUCAUCGAUCGAUCAUUGUGCUUCACGUCUUGCUUGAAAAUGAGUAGGCAUAAUUUAUCACAGUGGCCGAUUUCAAUUCCCCACAAACAAGAAAGAGUUAAAUUUGCUUUACAGUUUGUCGAAAAAGAAAUUCCAUUUUGGUUAGGAAAAGUUUACAUUGAUGAGCACCGUUUCAGGUUUAAUACUAAAGGGGUGGUAUCUUCAUACACAGGAACUGAACGGACCAGUAUCCCACACAGUGUUGGAGUAGUUGCUUGCAUCUCCCAACCAUUCAACAAAGGAUGCAAUCUUAUUCGUCAAGUUGAAACCAGGAUUGAUUCUCAACAGUAUACCAGCUUUCUCAUGGAAAUUGUGUCGUCAUAUCCAACAGUUGGGCUUAUUUCAAUUGUUCACGACAAGUACCCUGUUCAUAAUAGUACCAAAGUAAAGUCAUGGCUCGCUGGUCAACAAAGAAUGUCUGUUUUUUCCUACUGGCCACCAGCAAGUGGUGAUUUAAUGCCAAUCGAGACUGUGUUUUUGGACAUACUGAAAGAGUUUGAUGAGCAUGAAACUCGUGUUCAUUCUGUUAAAGCUCUUUGGGAAGAAAUUCAAAAUGCAUUUGCUGCUGUGACCGAAAAAGAAGACUACGUGAAAAAUUUGAUUUCAAAAAUUUUUCCGAAUUUGCGUAAAAUUGCGGAAAGUAACGGAGAAAUGUUGUAGUGAAAUGUUAAUCAAAACUUUUCGUUUCUUGUUAAAGUCUAUCAUUAAUAAUAAAGAACAACAAGUAAGGUUAACGAA